UUCUUGCAAAUAAUGUGGUCUCAGGCAAAGAUACAGCAUCUUGGUUGUCUGCUAAAAAAAAAAAAAAAAAAAAAAAAAAAAAAAAGCCUAAACUCUUGGUGGAAAUUGAGUGUCAAGCUGCAAAACCUCAAAUGGCAGAUUAUCAUCAUUUAAGACCGCCUGGACACCGGAAAAGGAGAUUCCCUGAGCGCCUGGAGUUGGAGGCAAUUCCUGGUUCAGAUUUAAACAUCUUUGGAGGUCUGCGGCAAGCGGCCAUUGGCGGCGGAGCGUCACGUGACCUCGGGGGCGUGCCAAUGUGCGCCCUUACGGGUGUCAAGCCCCUGUCAGAGUGUGCGAUCAAGAUUGUGAGACAACGCGAUGCAAAAAGCGACCUACUACGACAGCUCGGCGAUCUACGGUGGCUACCCCUACCAGGCAGCCAAUGGGUUUGCUUAUAAUGCCAGUCAGCAGCCAUAUGCGGCAUCCGCCGCUCUGGGCUCUGAUGGCGAGUAUCACAGACCUGCUUGCUCACUCCAGUCUCCCGCCAGCGCCAGCGCAGGGGGCCAUCCAAAGGCGCAUGAACUGAGCGAAGCGUGCCUGCGCACCUUGAGCGGCCAGUCCAGCCAGCCCCCAGGCCUGGGUGACCCGGCUCUGCCCCCACCACCACCCCAGGUUGCACCCCCUGCCCCACAGCCUCCCCAGCCCCCACCGCAGCCCCCUGCACCCACCCCUGCGGCUCCCCCGCCCCCUUCUUCUGUCUCCCCUCCUCAGAAUGCCAACGGCAACCCCACCCCUGCCAGCGCAGCCAAGAGCCCCCUGCUCAACUCGCCCACCGUGGCCAAACAAAUCUUCCCUUGGAUGAAAGAGUCGAGGCAAAACACAAAGCAGAAAACCAGCGGCUCCAGCUCAGGAGAGAGCUGCGCUGGUGACAAGAGCCCGCCUGGGCAGGCUUCAUCCAAACGCGCACGAACAGCCUAUACGAGUGCGCAGCUGGUGGAACUGGAAAAGGAGUUCCACUUCAACCGUUACCUGUGCCGGCCGCGCCGGGUGGAGAUGGCCAACCUCCUGAACCUCACAGAACGCCAGAUCAAGAUCUGGUUCCAGAACCGCCGCAUGAAAUACAAGAAGGAUCAGAAGGGCAAGGGCAUGCUAACAUCAUCGGGGGGCCAAUCUCCAAGUCGCAGCCCCGUGCCUCCUGGCCCUGGUGGCUAUCUGAACUCUAUGCAUUCGCUGGUCAACAGUGUCCCAUAUGAGCCCCAGUCACCCCCACCCUUCUCCAAGCCCCCACAAGGCACCUAUGGGCUGCCUCCCGCUUCCUACCCUGCACCCUUGCCCAGCUGUGCCCCACCGCCACCCCCACCCCCACAGAAACGCUAUGCAGCGGCAGGGGCAAGCGCAGGGGGCACUCCUGAUUAUGACCCGCAUGCUCAUGGCCUGCAAGGCAACGGCAGCUAUGGGACCCCACACUUACAGGGAAGCCCCGUCUUCGUGGGGGGCAGCUAUGUGGAACCCAUGAGCAACUCCGGGCCGGCACUCUUUGGCCUAACUCACCUCCCCCACGCCACCUCUGCAGCCAUGGACUAUGGGGCUGCUGGGCCGCUGGGCAGCGGUCACCACCACGCGCCAGGGCCAGGGGAGCCACACCCCACCUACACGGACCUUACCGCCCACCAUCCUUCUCAGGGAAGAAUUCAGGAAGCUCCCAAGCUCACCCACCUGUGAUGGUGGGCUGGGGCUGCGUGCCGGGAGAGUCCCCCCCCCCCCCCCUUUUUUUUUUCUUUUUUUUUUUUCUAUUUUUUUGCCCCCCCCCCCUUUUUUCUCUCCUUCUCUCCCCCUUCCCCCCCCCCCCCCCCCCCGUUUUGUUUUCUUUGGUAAUGCAUUUUUAUUGUUUAUGUGACGUAGCAAUUUUGGUUGCUGGAAUGGCUGUCAGUAUCAGUAGCGAUAUUUAUCUCUUCCCGCCCUUCGCUUGGCCACUGGCCCUGCGCCCUUUACCUUCUCCACUCUUUGAUCAGAAACAGGGUAUAUGAACAAAUUUUCUAGUCGAGUUUUCAAAUGUGAAUUUGUUCGUACUUUAUGGUUCCCGAGGGGGAGCGAUUACUUUUUAUUUUAUUUUAUUUUUAGUUUUUUAAAUUGCACUUCUUGUAAAGAGCGAGAAAAAAAAAAUCAAAGGCGCUUUGAAACAGGGGCUCCCUGUACAAGGAUGACUAAGUGUACGUCUUUCCGUGUGUGUAUGCUGGUGAACAGUCAGAUUUAUUUAUAUUUUUUUUGCAAGCAUUGAAUAGUCUAAGUUUUAAAUAUUAUUUAUCCCCAUCCGUUCGUAUUUAUAUUAAAGAAAUUCUGUACCCUGAUUGUUCAGAAGGUUUCUUGGGCCUUUUGUUCAAUGGUGUAUUGGCGUACUUAUAAAAUUUUUAUUUGAAAGGGAAAUAUAAUUCCUUGAUAAAACGGUAAUGAUGCAAUAAAACCAGAGAGGAUCCAGCGUUUGAAAACAGUGAUUUAGGUUUGUAACAUCCGGCAAAACUGAACAACCAAUCUGUAAACGCGAAAAAUGCUGAUUUGUUUUGAGAGUUCUACAUUCCUUGCUGCUCACAUUCUGAGAACAAAACAAAAAAUAAUAAUAAAGUUUUUAUUCUGA